UGUAAUUUUUUUUACCGAUUUCUUAUCAUUUUUCUAGUUAUUAUCCAAUUGAUAAAGCGAUUAGUCUUAUUCUAAGUUAUUUAUACCUUUUGAAGUGAUUUCGCUUCCAUACUAUCUAUAAAUAUAAAAUGUAAACUACAGUAAGAAUGUAAAUAAAGUUUCCGAAGAUAACGUAAUCUAUCAAUAAGUGCAAAACACGGUUACUAAUAACGAAUAAUUGGCAAACAAUACGCCGGUAGAAAAGAAUUAUUAGUCUUUUCUUUUUGUAAAUUGUUAUUUCCUUUAUUUCGUGUGAUUUUCGACUCACUUAACCAUUUUAUUACUAGAUGCUGGAUGUGAGAUUCUAUUUUCUUUUAUAAGACAAUAAUUGUAAUUAAGUGUUAUAAAAGUUAAGUAAAAAUGUAUAGUGAUCAAUUUGAUAUUGAUACCUUAAAUAGAAGAAGAAUAACUGAGUCUAUGACUCAUAGAGAUCUUCCCGAGUUGUCGCCUUUAGACAUUGAUGAAGAGAGGAAUGAGAAGCCAUGGCAAAAGAUAUUAAAUCAAAUCAUCAAGAACAGAUCACAAUCAAUGAAAUCUGUGCCCAGUGUUGCAAUACUUCUAGUUGUAGGCUUCUAUUUGAUCUUGGGUUACUUGACACAGCUUAUAGAAGAUGAUAUGCCCAGGGUCAUCACUAAAAAGGAUGUACAGGAUAAUGAUAUUAUAUUCAGUGAGGAAUCAGCUAAGGUCUACCUUGACCAGGUCUUAGGUGACCAACCCAGAGUGGCAGGCAUGGAAUAUCAUUACGAAAAGACCAAAGACCUUAAGUUGUUGCUCGACACCAUAGUUCAACAGGCUACUAUACCAAUAAAAACGGAUUGGCAAUUUGUAUCGGGUGAUUACUUUUUAGAAUUUAAGAUUCCUCAUGUGAACCUUUAUCGCAAUUUGUCAAAUAUAAUAGCCGUGUUGGAGGGAGAGAGUGGAUUCUAUAAGAAUGGAACUAUUGGUACUUCGCUAUUGGUAAAUUGCCACUAUGACUCUGUGCCAUUUGCUAUUGGUGCUUCGGACAAUGGUGUGUUCUGUGCUGUAAUGUUAGAAAGUCUUAGUAAAUUAUCCAAAAGGAAACAUAAAUUGAAACAUAAUAUUAUAUUUCUUUUUAAUGGCGCUGAAGAAAAUCCUUUACAGGGUAGUCACGGGUUUCUGAAGCACCCGUGGGUACAGGGUGUCACAAAUGUAGUCAAUUUAGACGCAGCUGGAAUGAAUGGCAAACCUGCUGUCUUUCAAGUGUCAGAUCCGAGAUUAAUUUCGGUAUAUCAAAGUGUAGUACCAAAACCGAACGCGCAAUGUUUCGGAGAGUUUCUGUUCAAAACCGGUCUCAUACCAUCUGACACGGAUUUCAGGAUUUGGAGGGAUUUUGGUGACAUACAUGGUUUAGAUAUAGCGUUUGUAAAAUGGGGCAAUGUAUAUCACACGAGAAAUGACAGACCUGAACUAAUAUUGGAUGGUGUCAUACAAAACUCAGGCAAUAUGUUAUUGAAUUUAGUCAAAGAAUUAGCUGACAUUGAAGACUUGGAAAACAAGAUAUCACCAACACAAGUGGUAUAUUUCGACUACUUGAAUCUCUUUCUGCUGACGUACUCGAUUUCUGUCGCACAAAUAGUGGAUAUUUUAAUUGGAUUAUGUGCAAUAAUUACUGUACUUUAUUAUUUAUGGAUUGUUGGAUACAGGCUUAGUUCAGUAUUGGACCUACUAUCAAGCUUGUUGGGCAGAGUGGUGUCGGCAGCGAGCGGGCUGCUGGCCACUGUUCUCUUAGUACUUAUUAUGGCCAUCACUACGAAACAACUCAGGUACCUCUCAAAACCUUGGUUAGUCGUUCCUUUGUAUUGGAUGCCAUUUUUUAUAGUUUCUUUCUUGGCUUCGAUUAAUUAUGAAGCGACGAGUCGAAAGUGCGCACUGAACAGAUCUCUCCAUACAUUACAAGCUAUGGCUUCAACGAGACUAUUAUUAGGAGUUUUACUAAUAAUAUUGUCAAUAUUUCCAUCACUGACAAGUCUACGGUAUGUCAUAAGUGUGCCAUUGUUUGUGAUGUCAGUUGGUGCCAUGGUGUCAAUGACUGUUGUCAAAUAUUGCAGGUUAAAAGCAUGGCAACAUUUAAUAAUGGAAAUAAUAUUAUCAGUACCGUGUACUAUGUUCAUAAUAUCAUUAAGUUUGCGUCUGGACGCUAUCAUGUUACCCACUGCUGGCCGUUUGCCCACUAAGUACCCAGACUACAUCGUGGGGGGACUUAAUUUGAUAUUAGCCGUCUUAUUCUCCACUGCUGUGUCUGGUAUUGAGUUAUUAUUAUCUCGCAGAAGAUUGUGGCUGCCGAUAGUGUUACUGUCCAGUGUAUGUGUGGUCUUCAUGUUCACACCCACGUCUGUAUACGACGACCUCGCCACACAGAGACAUUAUUGGUUUCAUACAGAAACAAUAACAUAUGAUAAAAAUGGAUCAGCAAUUAAUUAUAAAUCAGGAAUAUUAAUAACUAAACAAGACGCGUACACAUUAACAACAGUACUGCCAGCGUUACAACACGCCGGUAUAUCAGUUCACAAUGUGACAGACAUCGCGUCAGAUUGUGAGAGAUAUGUAUACUGCAAUAUGCCGCUGUAUAGACCAAGACGCGACGUUUUGUUUCUAUACACGGAUCCACCGGCGACAUUUGAACCUGAACCCUCUCUUACAGCAACCAGAUCCUGUAGCGAUAAUACUUGUACUCUUAGCUGUGUUAUGACUGGUCCACAACACAAUACGUUAACAUUUUUCCCACUUUACGGCGUUAAUCUGACGAGAUGGUCCUUCUCAUCACCUUUGGAAGUAACUGAUCAGUUCCAGAAUAGAAAUAUCUACGUUAUUACAGAAGCCACUUGUACUUAUUCAAAGAUAUUAGCUCCGAUGGAAUUUACUUUGACAUUUAAUGUCACAAAACAACAACAAACCGAACCUUUAGUAGAAAUCUCUCAUCACGCACACAAAAUCCAUCAUCCGGAAGAAUUUACUGAGGAAUACAAAAAAUUUAUAAAUGCUAUGCCUAAAUAUUUUAAUAUUGCUUCCACAUUGAGUGUUAGAUCUAAUUAUAUGUUCUGAACAUUAUUAUACAAAAUAACCAUAAAAUAUAUUAAUUUAUAAAAAGGACUUUAGUAAAUAAGAAGACGAACAAAUAAAAGUUAACUAAAGUAAUAAAGUUUUAGACUAAGGAAUUAGAUAUUUAGUAGGAU